AUGUCCAACAGUAGCUACAUCAACGCACUAGUACGCUCUCUCUACGAGGAGAGCCAGGAGCACAACGUUAGCACGUUAAGUGGAAGCCAGCCCGAGAUUCGAAGCCCAAACGUAUUCGAUUCGCAGUCAGAGCCACCAAGUUUGUUCACACGAUCAUCUAACACAUGGGGAGGACAGUUCAACCCUGACCAUUUCCAGCGCAACGCGUUCGCUAUGAUGUCAGCAAGUCCUGUCAAUAUGGAGAAUGCAGCGUUCGCCGCGAUGACUGCCGCGUCGCAUCACAAAUAUGAAAAAAACAAAAAACGAAGCGAUCGUGUCAACGAGAAAUCGUAUUGGGUCAAUGGAAGCCACGUGGACGAGACCAUCACCUACAACCAGUAUACCAUCGAUACUGCCGUGUUGGCUCCAACUACUGAGUCUCCGGAAAUCAAGCAAGCGAUCCUACAACAGUCUGUGAACUCCAUCAAGCAGACAAAGACAACAAUGGAACACAAGGUGGAUUUCUUGAUGAAGCGCUACACAUCAGUAUGCCCGGACGUUCGCUCGCGAGUCAACGCCGCCACCAGCGAAUUGUUCGACGUGACUAGUGACGUGUACGAAUUCGCAAGCCUACACGUCAUCGACAACACAGGACAAGCGAUCGUAAAAUUGGAGAAUGUGGACCUUCCGAGAAGUCUUGAAUUUUGGGCAGUUACGCCUUUGGUGGCUUACAGGAAGUGA